AAUUGAAACGAAGACGAAACCGGCGGGAACACAUUUAUAAAUUAUAAGAAGGAAAAACAAUGGAGAAACGGACUAGUUCAAAGGCCACGCACACCCACAAAGAAUUGAAUUCAAAUUAGAAGCAGACAACUGCUUCAUCAAACAUUUUCCACUACCCACGAACCAAACAAAGGUGUUUUUUAUCAGAUCAGAUUGGAUAGCGCUGAGUUUCUUUUGGUUUCGGAGGAAUCAGAUCGGAAUCAGCGUUUUUUCUAGGUUGCAGUUUUAAAGCUGAAGAAAAUCUCCCCGGCAGAUUUAGCUGCAGUUUGUGUGUUUUCUGGGGUAUCCAGAGAGUGGAUUUUCACUGUGAAGUCUGGAAUGGAGCAGUUUCGGCAGAUUGGAGAGGUUUGGGGGAGUUUGAAGGCUCUAAUGGUGUUCAAAGACGACAUACCGAUAAACAGGCGUCAGUGUUGUUUAUUGUUUGAUAUCUUCAGUUCAGCCUUCAAAACAAUUGUAGAGGAGAUCAGGCAGAACCUGAGAUUAGAAGAGAAGAACACCAAAUGGAAAGCUCUUGAACAGCCUUUAAGAGAGCUUCACAGGGCUUUUAAAGACGCAGAACUCUACAUCAGGAACUGCUUGGACACCAAGGACUGGUGGGGCAAAGCAAUGAGCCUCCACCAGAACAAUGACUCUGUUGAGUUUCACAUCCAUAACUUGCUCUGCACUUAUCCUAUUGUCAUUGAAGCAAUUGAGACUGCCGGAGAAAUGUCGGGACUUGCACUUGCCACAAAGUAUGAGAAAGAGUGGAAUGACCCCAAGCUUUUCCAGUGGAAAUUUGGAAAGCAGUACCUGGUUACCCGAGAAAUUUGCAGUAGGUUGGAGAGUGCUUGGAAGGAAGAUAGGUGGCUUCUUCUUGAAAUGAUUAGGGAGAAGAAAAGUUCAGGGUCAGUUGGGAAGAAUGAGCAGAAGCUUGGAGACCUGCUGCUUAAGAAACUAAAUGGAUCAGAGCAGUUCAACGGGAAGCUUUUCCCGGGUUCAGUAUUGGUAGGAGCAAAGGAUUAUCAGGUGAAGCGUCGAUUGGAAGGGGGAAGCCAGUGUAAGGAGAUUCAGUGGUUGGGGGAGGCUUUUGCUUUGAGGCAAUUUUUUGGGGAGAUUGAGCCAUUGAAUUCAGAGAUUUCUUCUCUGUUGUCACUUUCCCACCCCAACAUAAUGCAGUACCUUUGUGGAUUUUAUGAUGAGGAAAAGAAAGAGUGCUUACUUGUGAUGGAGAUGAUGAACAAGGAUCUUCACAGUCAGAUAAAAGAAAAUUGUGGACAAAGGAGGCGUAUUCUGUUUCCUCUCCCGGUCAUGGUUGAUCUCAUGCUUCAGAUUGCCAGAGGCAUGGAGUAUCUUCACUCUAUGAAGGUCUAUCAUGGAGAUUUAAACCCUUCUAAUAUUUUUCUGAAGGCAAGGAACUCCUCCACUGAAGGUUACUUCCAUGCAAAAGUUUCGGGUUUUGGGCUAUCGUCCAUCAAGAAUCACACUUUUUCUCGGAGCUCCCCAGGCCAGAAUGGAACUGACCCUCUCAUUUGGCAUGCACCAGAGGUUCUGGCUGAGCAAGAACAGCUAGGAAGUAGUUGUAGUUCCAAGUUCUCAGAGAAAGCUGAUGUUUACAGUUUUGGAAUGCUUUGUUUUGAGCUUCUGACUGGGAAAGUUCCUUUUGAGGAUAGCCAUCUUCAAGGAGACAAGAUGAGCAGAAACAUAAGAGCAGGCGAGAGGCCUCUUUUCCCAUUCCCUUCACACAAGUACCUUGCAAACCUAGCCAAAAGAUGCUGGCACACUGACCCAGUUCAGCGCCCAAGUUUCUCUUCCAUAUGUAGAAUUCUUCGCUACAUCAAGAGGUUCCUUGUGCAGAACCCUGAUCACAGUCAACCGGAAUUGACACAGCCACCUGUAGAUUACUUUGAACUGGAGGCAGGGUUUGUGAAGAAGCUUACAGUGGAGGGGAACCUUGAUCCAAUGCCUGUAUCACAAAUUCCUUUUCAGAUGUUUGCUUAUAGACUAGUAGAAAAAGAGAAGACCUCACUGGACUAUAAAGACAAGAGCUCGGAAUCAGCAAGUGAGGCAGCAGCUUCAGUUUCUGGGGAUGAGAAUGUUGCGCUAGUAGAUGAUCCAUUUCUGCAAGCAAGCGAAGGUAGGUUAGUUUGUUCAGAGACUCCAGAAAAGAAAAUAUCACCCGCAAAGAUAUCUGCAGAAUCAAAAACCCGAAGAAGUCUAGGAACACCAAAAGCUCAAGCUCAGAAACCGGCGCCAUUGAAACCAUGUGGCGGCAUGAAACUGAAUCGAGGGGCACAGAUGGGACUGGGAAGAACAUCCGGGCAUGCCUUAGAUUCAGAUGUAUCAUAGCACAUAUUCGUCUCAUUAUUGAACUUUUGGUAUACAAUCUAGGUGUUUUUUUCACAACCACCACAUGCGGAUUCAGAUCAUUGUUAUAUUGGUUUAAUAGGUAGGAACAGAGGAAUUCUCACCAUGUCCGCAUCCCGUUUGUCUUGUGAAGUAGGAACACCAGUUCUUUUUCCACGAUCUGUAAUUGAUUAGCUGGUUUUCA